AUGGGGGCACCUCCGGGGAUUCUGAAAAUAAUAGAGGGAUAUUCUAUCCCCUUCGUGGUAAAACCUCCUUUUACCCCUCUGACGGGAGUUUGCCUAGAGAAGUUUACUUCCAGGGGACUGGACGCAGAGAUAGAGGUCAUGAUUUCUCAGAACAUUUUGGAACCCUGUCUUUCACCCCUAGGAUACCUAUCCAAGCUGUUUCCAGUUUUAAAACCAGACGGCAGUUUUCGCCCUAUUAUAAACCUUCGAGGGUUAAACAGGUUUCUACGGCCAAAGAAAUUCCGUCUUCUAAAUCAUUUUCGAGUGCCAGAAUUUCUCCAAGAAGGGGACUACCUCUCGAAAAUAGAUAUUUCCCAGGCGUAUUUUCACUUACCAAUAAAACUGCAACACAGAAAGUUCUUGGCAAUAUUUCAUCGUCACAGGAUACUUCAGUUCAUUUGCCUACCUUUCGGCCUAGCGACAGCUCUCAUUACAUUUGCAAGAGUGUCAAACUGGCUGGCAGGCCAGCUCAGAGAGAGAGGAAUUAGACUAAUAGUUUACCUCGACGACUUUCUCUUGGCCAAUCAACACCCGAACGAAUUAGAGAAAGAUCUUAUCCCGCCGAAAGCACUCCAGGAGUGCGUUUGGUGGUUGGAAAACCUUCAGAAAGAUCGACAAAUCUUUGCCAGCGUCGAAACGAUAUUUGUGACAACAGAUGCUUCAGACACGGGUUGGGGUGCCCAGGUCAACAAAAGACUCCUCAGCGGACUUUGGAAGACCAAUCAAACUCUGUGGCAUAUAAAUCGCAAGGAGCUAUACGCAAUUUAUCAAACAGUACUUUUGACGCUAACUCAAUUAAGGGGGAAACGCGUAGUAAUUCAAUCGGACAACAAAACAGCGGUUUCCUACAUACGGAAUCAAGGUGGAACCAAAUCCGUUCUACUGACAGAACUAGUGUCAAAGAUUCUGGAACUCGCCUACGAGAACAAAAUCGAAAUUUUUGCUUACUACAUACCGGAAGUCUUCAACGAGAUGGCAGACAGCCUUUCUCGUCAGAAGCACCUGGCGGAUUGGCAUCUCUCGAACAAAGUGACGGACCUACUAUUCAAGAAAUGGGGAACUCCUCAGGUUGACCUCUUUGCCACUGCCUUCUCGAAAGUUGUACCGAUUUAUGUAUCUCGAGACACAACAGACAAAUGUGCUCUUUUUAUAGAUGCUUUCAGCAGAAUCUGGGACUUCGAUCUAGCUUGGAUUUUCCCACCACCAGGACUGAUGCCUCGUGUGCUGGCACACUUGAACAAAGCAAGGGGUACUUACAUCCUAGUUGCGCCAAGAUGGGAACGAGUUUUUUGGAGGGCGGAUCUGAGACGAAGAGCACUGGACCGUCCGAUUUGCAUUCGAAAUUUACAGCAUCAUCUAUCGGACGCGACACAGAACGUACCUCUCCCGGACGCGCGAAAUCUACGCUUGGAGGCCUGGUUGAUACGGGGUGGUCAGAAAUCACAUCUUCAUGGGCCCAAGAAGACGUUGAAUUACUCAAAGGAUCUUGGAGAAAGUCUUCUUUAA